AUGAAUCGCCGGAAAUCCCAUCGAAAUUUGCUCAUAUGGGCGCUGGCUAUUGCCCAGAUGGCCACCGCCCAGCUGAUCCGAGGCCAGCCACCGGUCGCCGAAAAUCUAGUAACGCCCCGGCGCAUCAAAGUGAAUGAAGGCGCGGCUUUUGAGCUGUCAUGCCCGACCAUGGAUGAAGACGUCGAAUAUUUCUGGCUGAAGGACGAUCAAGACAUUGGCGCCAGUAAAAAGCUGUUCCACAUCGUAUCCGCGUCGAGCGACCACGUCGGGAUCUAUCAUUGCGUGGCGCGAAACGCUUUUGGCGCCGCAAUUAGCCGAACAUACCUUGUCGACGUGCAGUACCUCCACGACUUCGCCGACAGCACCGAUUCAUCGAUCAGCGUCACGGGCAAUUCGGCUUUUAUUUUGCGGAGGCCCGAGUUGAUAGCUGCAAAGUCUGCUCGUCCAACGUUUAGCUGGUAUCGCAAUGACGUCGAGAUAUUCUCCAAUACAUCCCGCUACGUCACGAGCCGAGGCGACCUGGUCGUGCUGGACGAUGGACUUCCGAUGGACGGCAGCUAUCGGGUUACUGCCUGGCUCGAUGCGUUGGGCGAAGCAGCCUCCGGCGUCUUUUUUGUAUCCACCGACAACACGGCUCGCACGGAAAACCCCUUCUCGAUCAUCUACGGGCCAGCUGACCUCGAACUGCUCGAUGACGAGGGCCCCGAGAUGGCCGAGUUUGACUGUGUGCCAAGCUAUAGUUCCGACUUCAACAUCCAUUGGUACAUCGACGGCGAAGAGGCCACGGAGGAACAUCGGGGGAUCAACCAGCUCGGCAAGGCCCUUGGCGAAGAUGUGAGCAUCCGCUGCUCACUGAAGGAUGGCAUCGGCGGCGGGGAUACGCGCUGGUGGCAUAACGGCAAGAAGCUGGCUGCUCGUGACGGCAUCCUCACCCUCAACAAGAUCAACGCCGACGACUUUGGCGUCUAUCAAUGCGAGGGUCGAAACCUCGCCGGCUCCACCGUUUCCACGUUGUGGUUGCACGAGGGGCAGGAGGAUAAGCGUACCCACUCCGGAGGCACGUCGCUGAUUGAACAUGGACCUACAAAUCAGAGCAUCCUGAUCGGCACCAACAUUGAGAUCCCGUGCGAGGCCUCAAAAGAUCUGGGGGCUGAUGUUGAAGUCAAGUGGUCACUGAACGGCGAAUCAAUUGGACCUUCCGGCAAUCAAGCUCUCCGCAUCGAACGAAAGAAAAACGGCGGUCUCCUCAUCAUCCAGGCAGCCCCGGAUAACAUUGGCGAAUAUAUUUGCACGAUUCGGACACCCCGCGGCGAGCAGUCACAAUCAGCAUGGUUGCGCAUCAUUGAGCGACCCUCAAUGCCGGUGGCCGUCGCGGCACAGCUUAUCAACGAGACCGUACCCGCGAAAAUCAAGAACUGCUGCUCAUGGGUGAUCGACAACUUGAAACCGUCGGCGACCGCCGAGUUCCGGGUCAUUGCCUUCAACAGAUAUGGUGCCGGGAUGCCGUCAGUGUCCACGAACAAUGUGACGAUGCCACAGCAGCCUCCCGCAUCGGCCCCCAUUGGGGUCGCGGCCAGUGCUCGGUCAUCCUCGUCAAUUAUGGUGCAGUGGCAGCCGCCGCCAUCGGAACAGUGGAACGGGGACAUCCUCGGAUAUAUUAUUCGAUAUCGCCUCUCCGGAUACGCAUUGCCCUGGAACGAGAAAAACGUCACUAACAUCAACCUCCGCAGCGUCCCGAUCGAACCCCUGAUUACUUGGAGAACCUAUGAAAUUCAGGUCGCGGCUUACAACAAUCGUGGUCUUGGCGUCUUCAGCAAAAGCGUCGACGUGACCACUUUGGAAGGAGUUCCGAGCCAAGCGCCUAGCCGUGUCAAGGCUGUCGCGAAGAAUUCAACGGCUUUCGAGAUCACCUUUUCCGCUCCCGACCAGCAGCGCAUCCCUGGAGUCAACCUGGGCUACAAGAUCCAAUUUUGGCGCGGCGCCCCGGGAGCGGCCGGUGGCCUUCGCAAGCAAGUGAUCAUCGACCCGACGGGCCCGGAACUAUCCCUGGUCGUGGAUGGACUUGAAAAAUGGGGACAUUACAACCUAUCGAUCCUCUGCUUUACUGGCCCUGGCGAUGGACCGCGCAGUGAGACGCAACUUGUCGUUACGGAAGAAGAUACCCCUGGACCUGUCUCUGAGCUUGGCGUCGAUCACGAACAGGUGCUUUCCAACAGCGCCGUCCUGCAAUGGCACAGUCCGCAGGAAGCGAACGGGCGUAUCAUUGGCUAUGAGCUCAAUUAUUGGCGAUCUGAACGGCAGGAAGAUCGAUUACCGCUGGAACUUCCCGGUGAUCAGCACUCGGUUAUGUUAGAAGGGCUGACACCAUCUACCCAAUAUGCUGUCGAGAUCCGGGCAAAGACCUCCAAGGGCGUUGGUCCAUGGGCGGAAACACGAUUCGAGAGCGGGGUUCCACCAGAACUUCCUGGUCGUCCCACCUCGCUCUCGAUUGUCCAAAUCUCGCCGCGUUCCGCACAACUCCAAUUCGUGCCCGGUUUCGAUGGCCAUACAACCAUCCGCCAGUGGAUAGUCGAGGCGCGAGUCGGCGAAAGCAACAUCUUCCACCAAAUCUACAACGUCAGCGCUCCAAAGGCUCGUCUCCUGAACGUGACAGACCUGCGCCCGUACACUCGAUAUCAACUUCGUCUGAUUGCCGACAAUGUUGUGGGUCGCGGUUCGCCAUCGGAGCCAUCGCAAGCCUUCGAGACAAAACAAACCAUCCCCGAAGCGCCAUCGUCACGACUCUGGUUCGAGCCGAUUUCGGCUACUUCGAUGAUCCUCUCGUGGACGCCUUUACAGCACUGGCAGUGGAACGGUCAGCCGACCGGCUAUUUGAUUGUCUACCGGCAAAAUGGCACCAAAGAAUGGCGCGAAAUCCGGGUAUCCUCCCUACGGGCCACUGACUUCACACUGCGUGACCUCCGCCCCUUCACGUCCUACGAAGCCGACUUGUACGCCGAGAACAUUGUUGGAAAAUCGCAGGCCACCGGUUCAACCGUCGCCAAAACCUACGAGAGCUUCCCCUCGGGCGCCCCAACUGACGUAGCGGCAUCGCUCGGCAAGGAUGGCCACCACUCGAUAACCGUCCAGUGGAAACCAGUCGACAACCAUUUGAAGAAUGGCGAUAUCCUCGGCUACAAGGUCCGCCUUGUUCCCGAACAACCCGAAUUGCGCGAUGAAUAUGAAAAGAGCGUUGAUGUGAUCGGCGAGGCCACAAACGUCACCAAACUGGCUGGGUUAAGGGCUUUUACCGCAUAUAACGUGUUCGUCGCCGCCUAUACCGUCGUCGGCAGCGGCCCGGAAAAUGCCUCGCCUACCACCAUCAAGACAGGGAUUGAUUUGCCCACCGAACCGACCAGCGUCGGCUUUUCGUUCAUCAGCGAGGAGGAGGCCAGGCUGCGUUGGUUGCCACCAGCCAAUCCCAACGGACGCAUAUUGAAAUAUAUCAUCACCUACGUGCGGGCCGACGAGAACAAGGACUCGGAAAUCACAAUUCCAAUGGACUCGAACAGCUACGCCUUCUCGGCCAACGGAUUGAGCCCGAACUCAAAGUAUCUGUUCACGGUGAAGGCCGAAAAUGAGAUGGGCUUUGGCCCGGAAGCUUCGGUUGAGGUGAAGACCACCGCUGUUCAAUUGCCCCUGCGCAACCCUCCAGUACCCUCACGCGAUGAGCGGAAACCUUUUGCCUCGAGGGAGGUGCACAUCUCAUGGCCAGAACUUAUCACGUCCGAUGAGGACGCGCCAGUGCGCUUUGUCCAGAUCGAAUACCAACGAGCGAACGAAAACGACUGGGUUCCCUACACGGAUUCGACGCCUGCCAAGGAGAACCGCGUGACGAUCAAGAGACUAAAGCCAAAUACCCCGUAUCGAGUCCGAAUCCGCUUCCGCGGUGACUUUGCGCAAUCUGCCUGGAGUUCCGAGAGCGAAUGGAUCAAGACACUCGGUGCCCGACCGGAAGCUCCGCCUGGCGACCUGGCCACGGCUCCCUUUGAAAGCGAUGGAAUUUUGUUGCAAUGGGCCCCACCGGAUAGGUCUGCUUGGAACUCGGACGUGCUGGGCUACCGUAUCUCCUACAAGGCGUACCCUUCGAACGACAGCUGGCAGAGCACCGAAAUUGCACCAAGGCACGAGCAGGAGCCCCGAGAGCGAACGACGAUCCGCGGAUUGAAGAGUUUCCAUCACUACGUAGUCAGCAUGAAAUCCCUGAACGCGGACGGCGGCUCGGAAGCUUCAACGCCAGUCUUUGUUUAUGUUGGGUAUUCGAUCCCACGCGGCAAUGUGACUGGCCUUUCCGCUGAACCCUCAUCGAGCACCCAGCUGAGGUUGAGGUGGGAUGAAUGGAGAAAUGAGGAGGAUGUCAUCACCGGCUUCAAGAUUCGCUAUGUCCCGUUGAUUUCCGUGCUGUCGCGACAACCCCAAGAGGAGCAGCUACUGAUCGUCGAGAAUAACACUGCCUUGUUGACCGAUUUGAUGAAGUUUACUCAAUAUCAGGUAUCUGUCUCUCCGUAUAAUCGUGCCGGCGAGGGUGGAAUGGCGGUGAUCCGUGAGACCACUCUUCAAGAUAUCCCAGGCCCAGUCGGAAACCUUAUGUUUGAAGACGUCUUGCUCGACAGUGUCAACGUAUCUUGGAGCGUACCUGAAGAGCCGAACGGUCGUAUCAUCCGCUACAUCGUCAACUACUACACGUCGAAACUCCAAGACGAAUUCCUGAAGAACAUCAAACAGCCCACCCAAAUGCCCUUCAUCGUGGCUACCGGGCUCGAGGAGGGAGCCACCUACUACUUCUCGGUACGCGCCGAAACAACCGCCGGCACCGGGCCGGAAGCUGCCGGCAAUGUGACAAUCGGAUCGACGUCGGAUGGACCGGAAGCCCCGACGAGACCGCGAGCCGUUCCUGGGCACACUUCCGUCGCCCUCCAAUGGACGGACGGGGCUGCGACGGCCCGUGGCAUCAUUGGGCACCUCAUCCAGGCCAAACGGGUCGCCAACGCUGAACCGACAACGACCGUCAAGACGACCAAAGAAAAGCGUGUCCGUCGUUCUGCGUACGAACCACCCACUCAUCGCAUGGGUGAAUGGGUCACGUUGAGCACGAUCAUGGGCAGCGCCACGGGCUUUGAGAUCAGCUACAAAGACCUGCACUCGAACUCGUACUACGUCUUCCGUGUAUUUGCCCGCAAUCGACGUGGUGUCGGCAAGGCGAGCGUAGAGAGCGACCAGCUUUUCGUGCCGGCCACGCUUCCCGAGGAUCCGUUCUUCACCCAGCUUUGGUUCAUCGCGAUCGUUGGCAUGGCCACGCUGCUCAUCAUCAUCUCGGUCGUCGCCUUCUUAUGCAUAACGGGAAAUUCGAAAAAAGGCGAAAAGCGGCACGGUAGCUUGGAUAGCCUCCAACUUGCUGACGGCAAUCUGACAACCUUCCACUUGAAACAGAACAACGAUCGAAUCAGCCGAAGCCGAAACGAUUUGUUGACGAGACCGGGCACCACCACCUCGUGGAUUUCCGACCGCGAACCCCCGGCUUACGGCAGCGUACUGGGAGCGAAUAAUGGGGUUUCCGGAAUGUACGGCCAACUAGCCACCGACGUGAUCCCACGAGGCGCAGAGACGGCUAAUCAAAGGCUUUCCGCGUUGGCUGGGCGCGACGUUCGUGGAAGCGUAUACGCACGCGGGGUAACAGCUCCGACUGCUCGCGCUGAUCUCCUGUCACCGCGCGGUAACAAUGAACAUGAGAAUUCGGACGGGUUCGACUCAUUUGACGAGGAGGAAAACGAGAGUGAGAGAGGUGUGGACCCUGGCAAUGACAUUGCUGGACACUACAACCACUCCGAUUCCUACAGCGCUACCUGGCGUCGGGUCCGGGCACGAGAAGCCGCGAACGCCCUCUCACCAGCCCCCACGAAUCGGCGUCCCUCCACAACAGCCUCAUUCGACCAUUUCCGGCCUUCGCGCUGGCGGCUCUUCAAGCCAUGGGACUGGCAGCGAUUCUUCAUGGCCCACCCACCAAGCGCCCGCCCU